AUGACACGACAAUUUGCAGACAACGUAAUCAUCUACACGGCGAGCGAUGAGAGUCUUAGCAAGCUACUUCGUGAAGACGGGGUUAUGUCUCGUGUCAUUGUUGACGCGCGACCAAUUUUGCAUUUAGAAGCUGCCGCUCCCCAUUCAAUCAUUGUACACUUCGAGGAUGGGGCAACAGACUGUGUGGAAUUUUUGGUACAUGGACCCCGGACAGAGAUUAAUGGCCCGUAUACACACCAACUGGGUCUUGAUCUGAAUGACCGCGGAGACAUCAAAAUUUCUGGACCUUUGUAUACUACUACUGUGCCCAGUGUGUUCGCGGUGGGUGAUUGUGCCUGUUCUACGAAAGAUGUUUUGCAAGCCAUGGCGACUGGAGCCCUGGGUGCAAAGGGAAUUAGUGCAGAGUUGGUUGCGGAUAUGUAG